AACAUGUAAUCGGCCAGAGUGAGCGUGUGGCGCUAGUUGCCUUCACAUAGUAGUUGAUAUCAAUUGAAGAGGAUCUCCCCAUUCACUUAAUUUUUCUUCUUUCAUUUGAAUAAAUCCAAUUUUCAUUUGUCCAGCCAAACGUCUUUGGAUUGGUCCAUUUUCUUAACCACCCGCCUCUGAUUGGACGGCUGUUCCCGUGCAGAUUUUUUUCCUUUGAGAGUGCGCUUGGUGAAUGGCCGCGCGUCGUAGCAGCGUCCGGUGAAUCUGAUUGGUCGAACGCAUCGGGGCGUUUCAUUCUGAUUGGUCGACGACUGAUGCCCGGUGUCCGGGUAAGAUGGCGUCGGAAGAGCAGUGCUCGGCACCACCUCGAUGGCGGUCGAUAUCCUUAACCCACGUAGAGUAUCCGGCUGGUGAUCUGACGGGGCAGGUAUUGGCCUGCAUGAGUCUGCUGCCCAUAGCGAUCCUCGUCGGAUUUGUCACUCUGAUCGUCUUUAAGAGAGAACUACAUACGAUCUCUUUUUUUGGGGGGUUGAUCAUGAAUGAGGGGCUAAACUGGCUUCUCAAACACAUUCUACAGGAGCCUCGACCGUGUGGGGGAGGUCACAGCUCAGUCACGACAGAGUAUGGGAUGCCUUCCAGUCACUCUCAGUUCAUCUGGUUUUUUGUUGUAUACUUUUUUCUUUUUCUUUAUUUAAGAAUGCAUCAGACGAACAAUGCCAGGUGUGUUGAAUUGUUAUGGCGGCAUAUACUGUCCAUCAUUCUACUGGCCGUGGCUCUGUCCGUUUCAUACAGCAGAGUCUACCUCCUGUACCACACCUGGAGUCAGGUGAUUUAUGGGGGCGUGGCUGGUAUGGUGAUGGGAGUGGUUUGGUUUUUUAUCACCCAAGAGGUGCUAACGCCACUCUUUCCCAAGAUAGCAGCCUGGCCCAUCUCAGAGUUUUUUCUGGUGAGAGAUACAAGUCUCAUUCCUAACAUCCUGUGGUUUGAAUACACAGUAACCAGAUCAGAAGCCAGAAACAGACAACGAAAGCUGGGAACGAAGCUUCAGUGAUUUGCAGCAAAACCCCAGUGAAAACUGACCAGACACACAGACACACACACACACACACACACACACACACACACACACACACACACACACGCUCAAACACACUGGAGUUUCAUAGUCUGGACUGUUCUGGUUGAUGUGAAAGCGCAGAACAGUGUACUUGUGGACCAAAGGAGCGAGUCUGUAUCGCAGACGUGACCGUUAUUAUCACAUGACCCAACCGUUCGCACGACAACAUGGCCUUCUCCUCCCCCCGUCCUUAGGCUGCCCCUGCGUUCCUAAUGCAUGCAGACCGUGCAAGAGACAAAGCUAUUUAAUGACAAAUGUAAUAUAUAUUUUAUUCAUUAACGUUCACAGGGACGAUCUUAACGGCGACGUGAAGGGGGGGAAGAGGUGGAAGUGAGUGAAAGAACGUUUUACGACGUGGCAAACCUAUCAGCAUGGCAUUACUUUUAUUUAAACCACACGUUAAAGGACCAGGGAAAGGAAAGUGAGAAUUUAAGGCUGGGUAGUAAAAACAGGAGAGGAGGAGGAGGAGGGGAGGAAUGCAGAAACAAAUGCCGCAUUGAAAACAGACGAGGGGGGUGGGGGAAAGAAAAUAGCUUUUGCUCAUUUGUAUAUCCCAGUAGAAAGAAAUCUUUCAGGUGAAUAUCGCAAAAAUAUGUCCAAGUCACAUUCUACCCCAAAAUAUAUAUAUAUAUAUAUAUAUAUAUAUAUAUAUAUUAUAUAAUUUUUUUUUUUUUUUGCAUUCACCAAGUUCUCAGUAACGUGUGUAGACGUUUUGCAUUUUUUUAUUCUCAUUACUGUCAUUUAUACUGCAUAUUGCAUUACAGAAUGUGCUUUCUUGUCAUGAAAAUUGUUGCAACGUAAAAACUCAUAAUGGUCCAAAAAUAGGCUUAAUUUUCUUUAAGCAAAAUUUCUUUAUUUUGAUGUUUGGGGUGAAACACAUGUUCUUGACAGGCUUUGCGAGAUUCACCUUGGAUUCCUGUCAAAAAGUGUAAUGUAAACUGAAACAAUUUGCACUUUGUCAAUUCGAAAGACUUAAAAAAAAAAAAAAAAAAAAAAAAAAGUCAUAUUAACACUAGUUUUUUGUAGAGGCAAGGAUUCUUGCAUUUCUGCUCUUUGCUGGUCCUUUUUGUUUUAAAGUUUGUCCACUGACAGAUGGUCACCCAAGCAGCGCUUUUGCUUUUUCCUCCAGAUGUCCGUGAGCAGGAUUUGCUAAAUGUCUUGAGCAUAAAGGCAUUUCAGAACAUGGAGAUGUUACAACUAGUUCCAGAUUCAUUUCAAGUGGUGCUGGGAACAAAAUUAGGUCAUGGGAACAAAAUUAGUGCCUGUGUUUGGUCAGAAUGAUGUAGUAUUUCUGUUUCAACCCUAUUUACGUUAUGUUGUGUUGUACUUGCAAAAUGUGUUUCAUUCUGCAACAUCACAUAUCACGUUUUUCAGAUUUAUUGGGCCUUAAUUCAGCAGAUGGCUCCAUUGCAUAAUGUUUGUUUCAGUGUGCAGAUGAGUGUCCUUUUUUAUUAAUACAAUCAACAUCUCAAAGGAUGCAUUUUGACAGUGCAGGAAAAAUAAUUUUCAGCUUUUUAAUAUUAACACAUUUUUUUUUUCUUUCAAUUUCUGACCCAUUUUUCCCCUGAUGUGGGCCGUUUUCUCACCUGACAUAUCUGCUCUAAUUUCCGCUUAAGACAUUCCCAUAAAACCACUUUUGAGUAUUUAAGGACGGCUUUGCAACUGCUACAACAGGAAAAGAUUACAUGUCAAAUGGAAAUAUGAAAAAGGACAUAAUAAAAAUCUGAACCCAAUCCUCAGGUGAACUCUAGCAUGUACCGAGGCCUCUGUUCUUUUAGGAUGAUGUAGAAACUGUCUGUGACGGGGUGUUUAUAUAAAGGGAAGGGAGGUUAUUAUUGCAUAACUCUAAGAUGAUCCUCUCUUUUAUCAUGUGUAAUUCAUAUCAGGCUGAAUAAAAAACAAAAUAUGUUUAUGUA